CCUCAGCGUCUGCGUGUCUGUAGCCAUCCGCAUCCAUGGCUCCUUCGACGCCGAGCCCCUCGCACCCGUUCCACGACCGCUUCCCGAGCCGCAAGACGCGACACCGCGAACGAUGAGCCUCACCUCGGCGCUCGCCCGCGUCGAGCUCGAGCAUCUGGCCGACGUGGUCCGCGACAAUGCGACGGUUGUCAAGGACCUCAGCCACGUCUCCACGCUGCAGGAGGACGGCGUCGGGGGCGCCUUCGAGAAGAGCCUGCGCGUCAAGGGCAUGAUCGAUGCGCUCGAGGCAGAGGCACAGCGGCAGCCUAGCUGGGGCAUGCUGGCCGCACUGGUCCGGAGCGAAUACAGACUGUGGGCCCUGAAUGCGGAGACGCCGCUCCGUCUGAAUCCAUUCCUAUCACACUGGGUCGAGGCCGUACAGCGCCUCGAGACAGCCGCGCAGCCGCAGCGCGGGCAGCCUGCGACAGAAGGCCUCUCGGCCAGAGACAUCGCUGCGACCCGGCUCGAGACGAUCAAGCGCAUGCUGCGUUCAGACGCGGAUGCCAUCGCCCUCGCAACGCCGCAGCAACUGUACGAGGCGCGGUACCCUCCCACACCCUUUGACGUGCAGCCAUACGUCCGCAUGCUGGAGGAGGAAGGCAUCUACGAGCCCUCUCCCGCGCCGCCGGUCUCUGUUACAACCACGCACGACGCUCCUGCUCCUACUGGUCCCCGUGCGACGCCUCAAACCCCCACCCAUGCACCCCAGAAGUCCACGCCUCAAAACGAACGGCGAACGCAGCGUCCGACGCUCCAGGAAUGGAAAGCCUCGGUGCUGUCCACCCUAGACCAAAACCCCACUCUCAUUUUCGCGCAGCUCACGCGCCUCCCCAUUGCCCUCCCCGCCCUCGAGUUCCUCACCAACCUCGUCACAAACUCCACGCUCGCCACACACAACAUCGACGCCAAGGAAGUCGUGCUGUGCUUCAUCCAACACGCCCUGCGCCUCGUCGAGCACAUGGGCCAGCCCCCCAGCAUCAACCACCAGCCCCCGCCGCAGACCGAUAUUGGGGUUGCUGUUGACGACGCCCACGGUCGCGAUGCGCAGACCAGGGCUCUUAGAUUGCUGAUCUUGUUUUUGAAGAACCUGGUGCGCAAGGGGCUCGUGGAUGUCGAUCCCGGCGAGAAGCAUACGCUGUACUACGACCUCGAGGGCAUGUAUCACAGCUAUAUGUGGAUGAAGGAGGUGCGCGAGUUCAAGACGCUGAUCGAGGAGGGCGAUACGACGGAUGAGGGGUGAUGGUGAUGGAGGGACGUAGAGGUUUGGCAGGAUCUUGCUUCAGAACAUGGCUGUUCCUAGUAUUUACAUUCGAUGCUUGGAUACCACGCUCUGUUGAGAUCAGCCAGUGAACACCAACCACCACCAGAGGUGCACCUGUUGCC